AGACGCCUAUUAACUGGACCCCUGCUGCAGUUGUAUAGGCAUACUACUAUACCCCUACAGUUCUCUAGCUAUAUCGGUAGGGGUCGAGUAGGAGGCGUUGUAGGUAGAAGUCAAUUUUGUGAAGGAACUAGCCAAUGAUAACUGUAUAUUUGCAGGCUCUAGUCUAGAUCUAGUUAGGCCUCUGUGUGAUGGAGAAAUUUACUCCAUGCAGUGUGUAUCUAGUCAAUCUCCUCCAACUUGGGGCUUCGGCUGAGCUCUCUGGUGUUGUAUCCUGCGAUGGCCGACAGCUGGGAAUGAGACAAGCUCCAAUUCGGCGUUAUGAGCAUUACCUCUUGGAGUGAGCCCUCCAAGGAUCGCUAGCUUUAUAUGCGGUGGAGACAAAAGGUUGCGAUAUCAUCUGUCGUAUCUCACGCUGGCGGGCACCUAGGUGGCGGGGAAAGGCUGCGACGCUUCAACCCCCUUGCCCGGCCGUACAUAUGUCAACAGAUGAGUAUUUGGCAUUGAAACGCAAUUUAUAUGCCAAGACCGGCGCGGACGACUUCCUGGCGUUGAGACUCUUCAACGUCUACUUCAUUGCAUGGGAAACUCUGUUGUCUGAACGUCCGAGCGGACUUCGUAACUACUCUGACAGAUGGCCAAGCCCCAGUUCUGAGGUUGGGACGGCUACCGUACGAUUUUCAGUUCUCCCUAGCCGCGUCCUGGUUUGACGAUCGACUCGUGCUUCUUGUUCAUUGCCAGGUUGCCAUAAAGGCGAUUGCAAAUCCUUACAAUGGACGAAAUAGACGAAGAGAGUCUCAGACACUUUGUGCCGGCGUCGUUCGGUAGUUCCGGUGGCGAAUUCGACCCAACGGCACAGAUAGAAAGCGUCCGGCGCAAAGUGCCUGGACAGUCCGAGGCGGACCAAACAAUAUCUGCAAAAUCGAAGGACGUACGCCAUGAUCCAGAUAAGGAUUCCGACACAGACUCGGACGCGGACUCUGAGUCUGACGACUCCGAUUAUGAAGAUGAAUUCCCGACAUCUCAUGAGAUUGUUUUCAAAACGCAUGACCGGGCAGUCACCACCAUCGCCGUGGAUCCCGCUGGGUCACGGAUGAUCACCGGGUCUACCGACUGUACGAUCAAGCUGCACGAUUUCGCAACCAUGACUCCCAACACUUUACGGGCCUUCAAAUCGGUUGAUCCGACCGCUACAAAGUCGUCCGCCAACUCAGAGACGCAUCCAGUACACGUGGCCAAGUUCAACCCAAACUCGCCGAGCCAGGUUCUGGUAGUGACGGCGACACCUCAAGCUAGGAUCUUAACCCGCGACGGUGAGAUGUCGGUCGAGUUUGUCAAGGGAGACAUGUAUCUUCGCGACAUGCACAUGACCAAAGGGCACAUCAGCGAGAUCACCAGCGGCACAUGGCAUCCUCACAACUACGACCUAUGCGUAACGGCAGGGACGGACAGCACGCUACGCAUCUGGGACGUCAACGUGCGGAACAAACAACGCGAUGUCAUUGUGCACAAAUCCAAGCAGGCCGGCUCGGCAGGACGGACUCGCAUGACCGCCGUGGCCUGGGGCAGUCAAGUGGAAGGUGGCAAUACGCUUCUUGUGGCGGCCGCGCUCGAUGGGUCUUUGGUGAUGUGGGGAGGCGAAGGGCCCUACAACCGACCGAGUGCCGAGAUCAGCCAGGCCCAUGCCAGCAACACCUGGACCGGUGGGGUGGACAUCAGUCCCGACGGCCGGCUGGUCAUCACCAGGGGCGGCGACGACACGAUCAAGCUGUGGGACACGCGCAAGUUCAAACAGCCCGUCAACACCACGUCGCACACCUCCACGUCGAGUCAGUACCCAACCUCCAACAUCAUGUUUGCUCCCAAUGCGUCCUCUGUUCUUACAGGUUCCGAGUCGGGCGACCUGUAUAUCCUCAACCCAGCCACCCUCAAGCCAGAGCUCGUGACGCCGGUGACCCCAGGGUCCGCCCUCAUCAGCGUGCUGUGGCACGAGAAGCUGAAUCAAAUCAUCACGGGAAGCGCCAACGCCGAGACGCACAUGCUGUUCAACCCCAAGAUCUCGACAAAGGGUGCCUUGAUGGUCAUGUCGAAGCCGCCGAAACGUCGCCACGUCGACGACGACCCCAGCCUGACCACCGACAUGUCGCAGGGCGUCUCUGGCGACGCGAUCGUCAACCCGGGAACGAGCAGCGAGGCCAUCCAGGGCAGCACUUUCGCAUCGCGGCACCCGACCAUCGGACUCACUGCGUCCGGCCGUUCGCGAGACCCGCGGAGACCGCAUAUCCCAGCAUCUACCCCCUUCGCCAGAAGCCAGCCGGACGAGCGUCAUAUCAAGGAGAGGAUCCCGCUGAGCUCCAUGCGGGAAGAAGAUCCGCGCGAAGCUCUGCUCAAGUACGCCGAAAAGGCCGAAAAGGAGCCCAUGUUCACGAAUGUCUGGAAGAAGACGCAGCCAAAGACCAUCUAUGCCGAGCUCAGUGACGACGAGGAAGGCGGACCGCAGAAGAAGAAACAGAAGAACUGAUUGCGGAACUAUUCUUUCAUGAUAACAAUUACACGUGGAGAAAAGGUUCCCAAUCUCAAAGGAGGAAACCAUUGUUAUGGUACUGCGCUAUCCAAGAUUUUCUGCAGCCACACUAUUUCGCUCUUAUCUCGUAUACAUAUACAGAGAGCAUAGAUGGCCUUUUGGAACAGACUGGUGUUACAUAUAUCACACCCAGAAAUCAGGGCGGACUACUUUUGGCCGUCAAAAUGGGUCGUUUCGGAAGGUAGGCGGCACGUGCAAGGUGCGCGCAAGGGGGGAUUGAUUCGGGCUGCCGAUGGAUCAGACCUGCUUAUCCGCCGGGUGGCCGGUAAUGGCCUCCUUGAUGCCCUGUUUACUCGGGUGCACCACUCGCUUCAGACCCAUCCAGGGAGUGUUGAUGGGUGACUCGCCCGUGUAAAUUAGCGUGUCGUACAACCAACCACCCAACGUGCAGCCGAUAAAAGGACAAACCAUGGGGAUCUAGACAAAGACCAAAAAAAUCAGCAUUCCAAUCGACAAAAUAGAGGUGCGUGUCUCCGUCACAAGGGAGUGAGUUCAGGACAUACCCAGAAAUAAUAGCCACCAGCGCUCCAGACUUCAUGACCAUAGCCCACAAAAUACGUGAACAGCCUGGGGCCAAAGUCUCGGGCCAGAUUGAUGGCAUAUCCUGUUUCCCAGCCCAAGGUGGCGCCGAUGCCAAAGAUCAAAAAGAACAGACAAAUGGGCACGAGAUUGCCGGCGCCCAGAUUGGCGUCGUCCUUGAGGGCGAAAAUGACCAAGACCAAAACGGCGCUGGCGAUGAUUUCGGAAAACACUUGGCCCGUCUUGGUCAGGAAGGGUUGCGGGUAUGUGCAGAAGACGCCUGCGGUCGCGGUGUCGGAGUAACCUGGCACGGUGCGGAUUCCCGCACCGCCUUCGUAGGCGUCAAUGGCGGACUUGUAGUUGCCGUAGAUGACGGCGGCGCCGCAGAAGCAGCCCAGCGUCUGGGCGAAGGCAUAAAUGGGCAAUUUGUACCAAGGGAAUUUGCGGUACAGGCAGUUGACAAACGUGAUGGCCGGGUUCAGGUGGCCUCCGGCACAACCGGCAACGUAGACGCCGAACAUGACGCCAAUGCCCCAUCUGGUAAAUAACAAAAAUGUUCAGUUAGCGAUCUUUGGCUUUAGUUUUCAGCUGACUCCGGCAGGAGUUUGUCUAGACAAGAGCUCGGGGCAAAAACCAAACUUACCCCCAAGAAAUGGAUUGAUAAUCGCC